CCAGCCGCCGCAAGGGAGGGAGCUGCCCGGCUUCAACCGCCCCUCCGCGGCCCCUCCCGGCGGGGAGCCGCCCGGCGCAGGACCUCCAGCGCCGCCGCAGGGAGCCGGCCGCCCGCCUCCCUCAUCGCCGUCCGCCGUCCCUCUCUCUCACUCUGUUUCUUCCGCUUCAGAUGCGGUCGUUGACCGUGACGAGAGAGAAGGAAAAAGAGGAGAUUGAGAGGAUUGCGCUACGCGCACCCAGAGGUGCUACACGAGCUGCUGCUGAUUUGUUUUUUUUUUGGUAAUUUCUCUGUUUUUUACUCGAGCACUGCUCGAGAUUGAGUCGCCCACCGCCCGUCGAUCGCACGCCUCUACUUCGACAUCAGCAUCGACUUCACCUGCCUCUUCUUCGUCUUCGACUGUGCAGCAUAGCGACAUGGACGGUGCCCUAGGGGACGCCCAUCUGUGCCGCCCACCUCGUCGCCUCGUCCGCACGUCGAUCUUCGCCGGCUCGUCGUCGCCUCCACCGAUCGGGACGCCUCCAUCAACUUUGCCCAUCGUCGUCUUGCCUUGCGCAUACUCGGUCUGAUCAGCCGACAUGCGCGAUCCACCUGGCUCCCGUGACGUCCGUCAUUGUAUUGCGCGCCUCUUCCCCGAGUAUGGAGGGUGGUCGCUACUUCGCCUCUUCGGGCAGCAGCGGUACCGUCCGUGGUGUUCCUCGUCGUUGCAUCUUCGCCGCCGCCGACUACGUCCUCGACUUCGUCCACGCCGGCCACUUCGACCGCAUCUUCGACAUCGUCUACGACUACGUCAGUGCGUGCCUUGCACGCACAUGGUCUUCACCGAGCAGUUUGAGUUCUUCGUCGCCUUCUUCGAGCUCCACCGCCGCGUCCUCCGGAUCAUCAGGCCUUGCGUCAGAUCGUCCGGGGUUACCUCGUCGCUUCGUCCAGCACCACCUCGUCGCCAUCGUCGCCGUCCACUUCUACCCCUUCAUCUACAACAGCAACCGCGGGCUGCAUCGGCAUCUUCUUCCUCGCCGUUCUUCUGCGCCUGCGACCGUCGUGGAGUCCUUCUCUGCUGGUCCCUCAGACAACGGCGUCUUGGUGGUGCACUCUCCCUCGCACGUCUGGUCUUGGCAACACCGGUGCGUGCCAUCGUCCCCGAUGCAUUCACGGGUCUGGCAAACCUGGGGAUGUGUCGCUCGAUGGCGUGUCUGCGUCGACUGCGGCAUCGACUCUCUCUUCGACUGCCUCGAUGCGUCGCCGUCUUCGUCUCCGGCGUCGUCUCCGUUACGCCUCCACCAUGGCGCUUCCUAGUGCGCCCGCGGCUUCCUGUGCGGCUCCUUACCAUCGGCAACCUCGACAGCUCACCAUCGACCACGGCUACCCUACGCACGACUUCCUCAACCACGGCUAUUUGCUCCAGUUCGUCUUCUUCGACAUCGGCACAAAGGGCUACCAUCCGCAUGAGUUUCUCGCCGGUUCUCUCCAGUCGUAGUAUCCGCAUUGCGCCGACGCUACAACUGCGGGGGGAUGUCAGUCCGUCGGUUCCUACCUUCGGCUUCUCCUCUAGUCUCACCGUCUGCAGUGCUCACGCUGUGACUACGGGGGGAUGUUAGAGUAUAUUUGGUAGUUUAGAUAUUGUAUCCGGAUUGCCAUACAUAUCCGGUGGGGUUGCCUUGCACCCCAAGUCUUGUAUUCUUAUAUAUACCGGCUGAGGCCUCAAACUAAUACAAUCCAUCAUUAUACCAAUUCUAUCCUUCUACAAUACCGGGGGUAAGAAGUACAUGAGUUCUCCCAGGACAGAAGAAAGCGAGGGAGAGGGGGUACAGGAGAGAACAGAGAGGAGACAAAAUUAGUAACAACUUUGUAACCAAGUUUUCCACACGAGAAGAUCAGGCUUCAGCUGGUUGAACCUGCAGCUCCAAGCAUCAAUGUCCUGGACAACCCGCCGGAUGAUGUCGCGGGGCGUGGAGUCAAUGUGGUCGAAGAUCAUCGCAUUACGUGCCUUCCAGAUAUGCCAAAGGAGAAGCGGGAUGACGUCGACAUGCACCUGCUCAGGGAGAUCCGCACUAAGACAGAGUAGCCAAGGCUGUCGUACAAUGGCUGGAUUUGGAGCAAAACCGAGCGCACUCCAAGUACCUUGUGCCAGGGGACAGUUGAAGAAGAGGUGGACGUCAGACUCAGUAACAGUAGGGCAGCGUUCGCAGUAAGGCUCCUCGAGAGGCCGGAUGGAGCGGCGGUAAAGAUAUCUCUUGUGUUCAGCCUCCCAUGGCACAGCAGCCAAGCGAAAAACUUGACUUUAGUAGGCAGUUUGGUAGACCAGAUAAGCAUGACAUCUGGGUUAGGCAUAUUACUAUGGUGGAGAAGAUUAUAAGCCCCCCUAGAGCUAAAAGGUUCGUCACGAAGAGAAGCAAGUGAACGCAAGUCCGGCGCCUCAUUGAGGCAGACAUUGGCGAUGCAAUCAGCAAGAAUUUCAGCUCUACUUUCUGCAUGAGAAUCAUUUAACGAUGAUUGCUUCAUGAGAUAUUUUGUUUCGAGAAGAGGCUCUCACAUGGUCUGAAACUCUGAAUGAGCUCAGCGCAUGCUGAGCAGACGAAAGCCGGGCGAAGCAGAACCUGGCCAAUAGGCUGUCCACCCUGAGGCACAAGGUGGAGGGCAAGGCAAGCCGCAAGCAGGCGAGGGUGUAUUCACGCGGUCCCACUUAUUUAAUCUAUCUCCAUACUGAAGGAUUCUGCACUUGAAAACUCAUCAUCGCUGCUAGAAAUCAUUUGUUCAUGUGUUCCUCGGUUGUGAGGACUUGUCUUCGUCAGAGUCCAUAUCCCUCGUAUUGCCGCAGCCCAUGUGUUUGUUUGACCUGAAUUUGUGCAAACCAUAGGCAAAAUUACAAUGUUAGCAACUUGAGAAAUCAACAAUGCAUACGUGCAAAUG